AUGACUACCAUACGCCGUCCCAAUCCUCCCGUCUCCGACAGCAUCUUCGAGAUGUUCAGCAUGCGCGGCCGCGUGAUUAUCAUCACUGGCGGCUCAGGAGGCAUCGGAUACCAGGUUGCUAGGGGCCUAGCUGAAGCCGGUGCCAAUGUAGCAUUAUGGUAUAACCAAUCUGCACAGGCUAAAGACCUAGCUGCUACUAUCGCGCGGGACUUUGGGGUUACGGCUAAGGCGUAUCGGUGUGAUGUGCAAGAUUUCAAUCAGGUGAAAUCUACUACUGAUGCUGUCCUUGCUGACUUCGGCCAUCUUGAUGUUAUGAUUUCCAAUGCCGGUAUUCCCUCCAAAGCUGGGGGUCUUGAUGAUCGUCUCGAGGACUGGCAUCGCGUGGUGGAUGUUGAUUUCUCAGGCGCAUAUUAUUGCGCCCGAGUAGCGGGUGAAAUAUUCCGCAAGCAACAAUCCGGGAACAUAAUCUUUACUGCAUCCAUGUCAGGGCAUGCUGUCAACGUGCCACAGCAGCAGGCCUGCUACAACGCCUGCAAAGCCGGCAUAAUCCACCUCUCCAAAUCUCUCGCCGUAGAAUUCGCCCCCUUUGCGCGCGUGAAUAGCGUCAGCCCGGGAUACAUUGAUACAGCCAUUAGCGGCGAUUGUCCGAGUGCAAUGAAAAAGGAGUGGUAUAGUUUGACGCCAUUGAGGCGGGAUGCGGAUCCGAGAGAAUUGAAAGGUGUGUAUUUGUAUUUGGCGAGUGAUGCUAGUACAUUUACUACGGGGGCGGAUUUUGUGGUUGAUGGGGGGUACACUUGUCGGUAGUCUAGUUGCAUGGAGGAUUUGAUGGCGGGGUGGGUGCUCCGGACGGAGACAGAUGUCCGGGGUGAUACAUGAUGCAUGUUGGAUGAUAUCUUCUUAUAUUUUAGUUUGCGGGGUAGAAUAUAAAUGUGUAAGCCAGGUAUUUAAAUUCAAUGCUUUCUUUUCUAUAGGAUAAUCGUUCAAGCCAACAUGACUGUAUGUAUCCUAAUAUCUCCCAAUUGAUCACCGCUAAACUG